GACAGGACAAGCAGCAAACAAUUGAUCAUAAAAGCUUUAAUGUCAAUGAGGAGUACAUUAACACUUUAAGGACACAAUCCAAUGCCGAAUUUUUUGCAAAAACACAUCUAUUUAUAUCCGAUCCUUCGAUCCAUACAUCAUCGAAACCUGAUCUCAUCAUAGGAGCGCUUCUCGAACCCGAACAAGAUGCCAUUUCCUCUACUCUUGAGAGUUUGAUCUUCCCAAGUGCAAUCUCAGAUCUCAAGCUAUUACUAACUAGUUACUUCGAUACAAGCGCCGAGGCAUCUAACUUUUGUGCUCAACUCUUACGAAACAUCAACAAGUAUCAUUCAAACCACCGAUCGAUUGAAGAAGCGCUCGAGAGGAUCAGCAAAUCUAAAUCACUUGAACUUGAUUCGAUUGCUCUCCUAGCGAACCCAGUCUUGAACCCGAAUCAAGCCGAUUUCAAGCUAAUACAAGAUCAAUACUCUUCGAUAUUGCGCCGACUUAAGUCAAGGAGGAAAAAAGUGGCAACAAGGAUUAAGUUGAUAAAAUGCAUGAAGAAACUUUUAGGGUUUUGUUUCACUUUGGCUUGUGGAUUGGUUGCAUUGGUGGGUACAGGUAUUGCAUUGCACUCCUUAUCUGGGCUUCUUAUUGCACCCCUUUUUUUCCCGCUCAACUCGGUUCAUCUAAAGAAGAAAAUCUCAAACCUAAAGUACUUCAAAACUGAGUUCUUAAGGAAAAUGUGGGAACAACUUGAUGUGGUGGCUAAAGAGACUUACAUUCUACACCGCGACUUCGACACCUUGAGUCGACUUGUAGCUCGGAUUCACAAUGAGUUCGAGCACAAUAAUAUGAUCAUAAGAGAUUGCAUGGAGCGGAAAGAUGAUAAGUGCCAUGUUCAGGGAGUUGUGAAGGAGAUUAAGAAUAGUCGAUGCGGGAUUAUUCGGAAGGUGGAAGAGCUCAAAGAGCAUGUGUGCUUGUGCCUUGCUACAAUCAAUAGGGCUAGGCUUUUGGUCAUGAAGGAGAUAUUCCCACCAUGA